GUAAUUUUUUACUCUAUGUCAAACGGAUUAAGUUUCGAACGGUAUGGUAAGAAGAACAACUUUGAAGCAAAUAUGGAUUAAUCAGGGGUGAAACUUGUAACUUCUAUCAUGGAGCGGAGAAAGAGGAGACGCUUGACGGAAUGGCCCGCGCUUUGGCUCGCCUUUUCCUCCCUAUCGUGCUUUUCCAGUGCGAUGGCUGAGCUCAGGUAUUCUGUACCCGAAGAGCUAAAACCGGGCUCUUUAGUCGGGAACAUAGCCAAAGACUUGACGCUUAGUGUUCAGAGGAUUAACCAGAGGAACGUGCGCGUUAUUUCGAACCCCAGUGCGCAGUAUUUCGAGAUCAACUCGGAUAGCGGUGCCUUAGUAAUUAGAGAGAGGAUAGACAGGGAGCACAUGUGUGGAUUGGAAUUAACGUGUUCUUUACACCUUCAAAUAGUUCUUCAGAACCCUUUAGAGAUGCAUGGAGUCCUAGUAGAGAUAAUAGACGUGAACGACAACUCGCCACAAUUCCCGGCUCGCAACUCGACGCUUGAGAUUUCAGAAGCGGCCGCGCCGGGAACCCGGUUACGCCUGGAGAGCGCGCGCGAUCCAGACGUGGGCGUCAAUUCGUUGCGCGCGUAUCGACUCGAGCCGAACGACUAUUUUCAAUUAAACGUCGAAACCAAAAGUGACGGCAGCAAGUUUCCUGAACUAGUACUGGACAAAGCACUAGAUCGUGAGAUGCGCUCCGGAUUUCGGCUCUUGCUGACUGCUGUGGACGGCGGACAGCCUGAGAAAUCCGGUACCACUCUACUGUUGAUUACAGUUUUGGAUGUUAAUGAUAACGCACCGGCAUUUGAUGAGCCCGUGAAGCGAGUCACCCUUUUGGAGAACUCUCCAAUCGGGACAGUCGUGGCCAAACUAAACGCCACUGAUGUAGACUCAGGAUCAAACGGAGACAUAUCUUUCCUAUUUAGCAAAUACACACCAGAUAGGAUUCUCAAUCUGUUCAGUGUUGAUGCUAAAACGGGAGAAAUCCACGUUAAAGGAGAGGUGGAUUAUGAACAGGGUAAUGUUUAUGACCUCACAGUUCAGGCCAGGGAUGGCGGAUCCCCCGCUAUGGAGGGCUCCUGUCACAUCAAAGUGGAAAUAAUAGAUGUAAACGACAACACGCCAGAAGUGACCUUAACCUCCCUAACCAAUCAAAUUAGUGAGGAUGCCGAAACAGGCACUGUUAUUGCUUUAAUCAGUGCACGAGACUUAGACUCAGAUAAAAAUGGACAAGUGACUUUAAAAGUAUCUCCUGGUCUGCCAUUUAUCCUAAAAUCUGCUUUCAGUGAGCAUUACACUCUUGUCACAGACGGCCCAUUGGACCGAGAAAGCGUCCCUGAGUACACUGUGGUUUUGACUGCCACAGAUGGAGGCUCUCCUCCUUUGUCUUCUCAAAAGAAAUUUACAGUUAGUCUUUCUGAUGUAAAUGAUAAUGCUCCUGUUUUUUCUCAACCCUCCUACUCUGUUGACAUUGAGGAGAAUAAUGCCCACAGUGCUUUAAUAGUGACCGUCUCAGCAUCAGACUCAGAUUUAGGUGACAACGCCCGUCUUUCCUACUCAAUCUUACCGACUAUCAUCAAUGGUAGCCCUGUUUCUUCUUAUGUCUACAUCAACCCGGAAAAUGGAAACAUCUUCACAAUGAGAGCAUUGGACUAUGAGCAGAUGAAUGCAUUUAAGAUUGAAGUGCAGGUGCAGGACAGUGGAAGCCCACCACGUAGCUCCAAUGUCACUGUCCAUGUCUUUGUCAUCGACCAAAAUGACAACCCACCUGUUAUCCUUUACCCCUCUAGCUCAAAGGACUCAGGCCUACUGCUGAACGUGCCUCGCUCUGCGCCUGUUGGCCAUCUUGUAAGUAAGAUAGUUGGUUAUGACCCUGACAGUGGGCACAACGCAUGGCUGUUUUACAGCAUUGCACCAGGUGAGGAUGCUGCAUAUUUCCGUAUAGGAGUUCACACUGGUGAGCUCCGCACUAUGAGAAAACUGAUUGAAGAUGAGUCAAGUGGCCGGGAGCGCUACAGUUUUGUGGUCGUCGUGCAGGAUAAUGGACAGCCUCACCAGUCUACCAGUGUCUCUAUUAUUGUCAACUUAGAGGAGAAAAGUUCAGAGACAGCCAUAGACUCUGACAGAACUAUCUUUCCUCUUAAAAGUGGUGAAAUUCCGGAUAUUAGCCUGUACCUCAUAAUAGCACUGGGCUGUGUGACUCUGGUCUUUCUCAUUACCAUUGUGGUGUUGCUGGUGCGGUGCCUCAGACAUAAAGAUGACCUGGCAUGCUGCUAUUCAAGGAAGGACUUUCGCUCCCGCCAUGCUUAUCAGCAACGUUCUCAUAAGGACCUACACCUCCAGCUGAACACAGAUGGGCCUAUCCGGUACAUGGAGGUGGUGGGGGGCCCUCAGGAGCCCCACACACGCACAUACAGGCCCUACUACUCAACAAUAUCUAGUAGGAGUGACUUUGUGUUUGUUAAGACUCCACUCCUGAGCCAUAACAACACAUUGAAUAUGACCCUAACCAGGAAGCACUUAAUGGACUCAACCAAUGAGCAAAACCCCCCAAACGCUGACUGGCGUUUCAACCAGAACCAGAGACCUGGACCCAGUGGAGCGGGUGCUGGUCCGGAGGUUGCCAUGGCAACUGGACCCUGGCCAAACCCCCCAAGUGAAGCUGAGCAGUUCCAGGCCCUAAUGGCUGCUGCAAAUGAAGUGAGUGAGGCGACCAACACUUUAGGUCCUGGCACCAUGGGCCUGAGCACCCGCUAUGGCCCCCAAUUCACCCUGCAGCAUGUCCCUGACUAUCGGCAGAACGUCUACAUCCCAGGCAGCACCGCCACACUCACCGCUAACCAACAGCAGCAGCAACAGCAACAGCAGCUACUGCAGCAGGCCCUGCCUUCUCCCCAGGUGCCCAUUGCCCAGGAUGAGCUUUCUAAAGCUGCUGGAACACCGGCAAGCAAGAAAAAGACAGCCAAGAAGGAGAAGAAGUAAAUUUGAGGUUGGAUUAGCAGCUAAUUUGCUUUUAGGAUCAGGUUUGGUGAGUGUAAUGAAGAAGAAAGAUGUGUUAGGGAAGGACAUGUGUAAGCUUUAGGGAACCUAGCUUUGCUGGAUUUCUUGACUAGGAAUGGUAAAAUAACAACUUUUGUGAUGAAUAUGAGAGAUUUCAUUGUAUCGGUUUGCACCAACAGCUGAACAAUUGUCUUGUUUUAUUCAACUCCUGAAACUGGUGGGUGUGUCACUUGUUUAUAUCACAGCACUCAGAUGUAUGUAAAAUAAGCACAUGUGGCUAAAAUGACCGUUUAUUUUACAUGGGGAAAAAGAUUGUUUUUAUUUCUCAUUCAGCAGAAUAAUCUGAAAUUUGGGAGAGUAAACUCAAGCUGUUUCAUUUAAUUUUUUACAUGUAAUUAUUAAAGACAGAUCUUUUUACAUAUAUCUAGUCAUUGCAGUAUGUAAUAGCUUAUUUUCUUCACAGUGACAUGACGCAAUGAGAGGUUAAUAACCUUUGGCAAUGAUUAUGACAGUGGCUGCAUUGAUUAUGCAUGUGAUCAAGUAUCACAAUAAUGUGCUCGCUUUUUAGAGAGAUUAUAUUUUGUGCUGCAUUUUCUGGUCUCAUCCAGAAAGAAUGGUGUUACAGGUUUUGUAAUAUUUUUUUGUGUUUGGAUUUUUUCAUGAUAAUAAAAAAUACUUAUUGAUGUGUUUAGGUUACCACUAUUGAUCAUUCACAGAUGACACAUGGUUCAUUAUGGAGGAUUUUUUAGGGGUGGGGGGUUUGUGGGGUGUUCAGUAAAAAAGAAACAGUAAAUAUUUCAGCAUGACAAUUCUAUCUAAAUGUUGUAUAAAGAGCUAUGCUUGACAGAAUGCUAUCAACUCCAUUUGCAAACUUAAUUGACUGCAGUAUCUGUUUUGGGCUUUUAGUUAGUCAUGAUUCUUUUUGUAAUAACUGAUGAUAUAAUGUGCUUUUUCUUGCAGUUGUAGCUUUUAGCUCAGUUUUACACGUCUCAAAAGACAAAAUCUGACUUGCGUAGUAAACAGAGAACUAUAAAGCCAACCUAAACCAAAAAGCUCUGAUUCAGAAGUAUUUUACAUCCAAAACAACUGAGAGUGAUUAAAACAGUAAAACCUGCAUUUUGCAGACACUUCAUAAACACAUCUCUAGAACUAUAAUCAGCAAAAUGUGAUGAUUUUUCUUCCCUGUUCAGCUUUUUUUGUUCUAUACCUUUUUCACUAACAGAAUACAGCCAUCACAGGGAUGGAUAAGCUCAAAAACCCAACCAUCAUACAAAUUACAUUUGACUCAUGGGCCUCGUGCUGGAAUGUGAUGCCUAAUUUGUUUUUUUAGUAAAAUGGAGAAAAUCAAAAUAAAACACAGACGUAGUAAUUUAGAACAUAAAGUCCAAACUAACUUCACUGUAAAUAAAAGAGAUUUAAAAUAAUGACACAAGUAGUCUAACCUGUGAUGUUUGUGCAUAUAUUUGUAUGUUUUACUGUCCCUUUCCUCUCUGAUUACCUUUAAAUAAAUAAACACAAUCUUUAUCUUCUGUAAUCUCACUUUUUCUUUUGGGAUUUCUACUGUGUAUAUGUAAAGAUGACUUCUUACUGUCUGUAUGAAGAAAGAAAUAUAAAUACUAUCUAUGUGUGUGUGUCUGGCAAAGCUGUAAUGCUCUGUACCUGCUUUAACAUCUUUCUUAUAAAAUUCUAAUAAACCCACCUGCUCUUCAGUGUUACUCUUAUUUCAUAUGCUAAUAUUUAUAUUGCUCUUUUGUUUCUUUAACACUGACAUUUCAAAUAAAAGGUUCAAAUUAAAUAAA